CCUUUGGCUCCGGAUCUCUCGGGAAUGUCUCGGGGAUCUCUCGGGAAUCUGCAGAAUCCUCUCUGUUGUAAGGUUAUGGAGGAGACCGAGAUGCCGGAGCGGGUGGAGGCACUGCUUCAAAACACCUUGGCGCACAUCACGCAGAUGGGCUGUUCCAAAGAAACGCGCCGGCGUAUGAAGCAACGACUGCACCGAAGGCUGGAUCUAUUGGUGAAAGGUGAUCGUGACGAGUACGAUCGCCACCUUGAGCGCUUCCAUCAAAUGCUUGAGGAGAGCAGGGCUCAGCUGGGGCCAUCCAAACGCACGCUCAUGAGAGAGGUGCAGGAUCCUCCCAGACGUUACCAUCUCGACCUCGCAGUGGACUUUGACUAUGGCUACAACGGCUAUGCGGCCCAACCAAAUUAUGCUUUUUUCCAGACUCAACCAUUGAUGCGACCAGGACAUCACCUCUCGUAUCCAAACUACAUUGAGGCUGGCUAUCGAGAGGACCCAAUCCCCGGAUGGAAUCCUUGGAGCACGGACAUCUAUGGCGCCUGGGAAGUCCCUCCUGGUCCGUCGAUCGCGCCUCGUCGAUCGCGCAGUGUGCCGCGCUCAUCACUGCGCCCAGCGCCUGCUUUUCAACCGAUGAACGGCCAAAACUACGGCGCUUCGGCCUACCGCGGAAGCUAUGGAAGCACGGCUGGAAGCUUUGCACCGGUGCAGGUAUGCGAGGCAGCUGUGGCUGCAGCAGAUGCACGGCGAUCCCUUGCACUGCCUGCUUCAUUUCAAGAAUACGCCGUCCCUGAGCCAAAGCCUGAAGUUCCCAAGUUCGCGAGGGCAGCAGAUUGGUUGGAUGCCGGACUUAAGGAGUCCUUGUGA